AGCUAACAUUAGCAUCUUUCCUUUCACCAUGUUUCUGAAAAUGUGUGUUUUUCCGUCAAACUGAAGAGGUGACUCCGCUCAAAAAAACCUUAGUCGACGAGGUAAUAUCUUGUAUCCAGCAGCAGCCUUAUGUCUGUAGCAUUGCCUAAUGUUUUAAUAAACUGCAGGGUACCCUGCUAAUAAGAUACAUUUUGAGCCGUGAAAGUGUAGGCCUGUACUUUUUUGAAUUGUAACAGCUAUGAUAAAUACGUCUGAGAGCGCGUGGUUUUCAGCUUACACUUACACACACACACACACACACAGUUUCUCAAUCACACUAACAUUAGUUGUUAUGUUAAAUAACAUGUUUUCUCUUUAAUUUCAGGUCAAGAUGUUGAUAAAAGUGCAACUUGGAGGGAAGAAAAAAUAUAUAAAACUGGAAGAAGUUUGUUUCUCAGAUUUUCUUAGUGCAGUCCAACAGAAGUUUAUGAUAUCAGAGAAUACAACAUUGAAAGUCACAGAUGACCAGGGCAUAGAGGUGGAUGAGGAUGUAUUCCCAGAACUUGCAACAACCAAAGAAAUGUGUUUUAUCAUCCACACUGAUGAUGAACUUCUGUUUGCUGAAACAUCCAAGAAUUCUGUUGACUUCUCAGACCUGACAGAGUUUGGUGCCUCUUCAAAUCAGACAGAAUAUGUUACGCUCACUACUUGUGAUUUGACUGUCCUGCAGCAAGGGGUUGUUGAAGGACCCUCCUCCCCAAGUCUGACAGAUACAUUGUCUGUCUCAAGCAGAUUAAGCAGCAGUGAUUCUGGAUCUCAAAUGCUUCAACCUUUAACGGACAGUUUCAGUGCAAGAAAUAAUAUAAAGCAAAUUCUUACUUCAAAGACAGCAGGGAUGACUGUGAUCAAAGAGUAUGAAGACACUGGGAGUUUGAAAGAUUCCACAAGGCGGUUAAUGGUGAACAUAAUUGUAGCUCACAUGCAUGAAAAAGAAGGGAGAACUGUUAGUAAAGCAACAAAGGAGUUCCAUGCCCUUGGGAUUGUGUCCCUGUUCCCAUCUUUGAAAGACCCAUACUCUAAAAAAGGAUAUGAACAUUUCUAUGACAUUCAGAGCAACAAAGGCUUUCUUGAGUGGCGUAUAAAGACCGUGCAACGUAAAUCCAGAACCACCUCUGCAUCACAGAGCAGAGUGGAGCUAAAAGGAGGUCCCACAUUAUCAAGAACGAUUGGAACUAUAGAUGACCAGCGAAUAGGAGAUGAAUGUCUGGAAGCUGUGUCUCUCCUCAAUCACACAACUGACCGUGACUUAGUGUUCCAGAAGAUGAGAGAAACUUUCCACUACCGUCAGCAGAUUCUUCACAACCCACAGCGCUCAGCUGAUGUACUACAAAUGUUUCCUCGUUUCUUGGACGUCAAAGGACUGAUUUUGCAAGACUUCUCACUAAUGUUUGGAGCAGAGGUUGCUUCAAGGUUUCUGGAAAAAUGGAACACCAGUUUCAAAGAAAAAGUCAUCCAGGAGGCCAGGAACCUUAAAGAGACUGCUCUCCUGAAACAGCAUCUGAAAGCUGUACUGAAAGAAGGAUCUGAUACUACUGAUGAUCCAGAAUGGGACAGUGACAUGGCCUCUCUAUUUGUCCUGCUUCAUCUUCUUACUCCACAACCAGCUGGAAGAAAGCGGCCCAAGAAGAUCAGUGUUGGAGAGGCAACAGAUCAUCUGGUCAAAUUUCAUAAGUCAUUCCAAAGCCUUGAUGAUCAUCUCCUGACAACUGAAGGAAACCCUCAGCCAUAUCUUCUCGCCUCAGGGACUUCAAAAGCACAGGUUUCCACCUUUUACAUUGUCUUGGACAGAAAAGUUCUGCCUUGUCAAUCAUGUACAUCCUUGGGUGCCUUUGAUGAGCUGUUCAAGUCCCAUUUUGUUUUCAGUGUGAAGUAUGAUGAUGCUCUGUCCAGUCUGUACACAUUUUUGCAGACAACUGUGUACAAUAUCGAUAUAAGUACAACUGAGGAAACUCCAAGGGUCAAAGAGCUAAGAGCGAGACUGUUGAACAAGCACUAA